AGUAUCACUUUGUUAAAGCUGCUGAUCGGACGUGAGUCUUUUUUCUUUUGCUGCUUUUAAUUGGCAUCGAAAUAAGCACAAAUUAUUUAUAAAUUGACGUACGAUAUCAGUUUAGCUUUAACCAGACACGGACACGGGUCUGUUAUUAAACGAGCAACAGCCGCACGCGCGUUACACUGUAAUUAGCCAAGUACGCGUACUAACUCAUAGAAAACAACACACACACUUAUAUAUACAUAUACAUAUGUACAUAUGGAUGUGUAGGUACGUUUUGUCGUUGUCGCUGUAGUUGUUGUUGCCUAUGCAGGCGUUGUCGUGGCUUCCAAUUUAACUAAAUAAAACAAAUUAAGCGCUCGCGAGACAAAGAGUGAGAGAGAACACCCGAAAAAAGGAGGGCAACAUAAAUCGUAUAAGGCGCAUGCACAAACGUGUCCAGAUCCAAUUAGCAGUUCAGACUUUAAAACAUGGCCAGUGAGCAGACACCGAUGGAUGGAGCCGGAGCUGGAGCAGCUGCUGCUGUUGCUGGGGAUGAACCGUUUUUGGGGCUGCUCGAUGUGGCACUGCUGGCGGUGCUGAUCGGUGGUGCUGCAUUUUAUUUCCUGCGCAGCCGCAAGAAGGAGGAGGAACCCGUUCGCAGCUAUUCCAUCCAGCCAACCACAGUGUGCACAACGACAGCGACGGAUAAUUCGUUCAUCAAGAAACUGAAAACCUCCGGUCGUAGUCUGGUCGUCUUCUAUGGCUCACAGACGGGCACCGCUGAGGAAUUUGCUGGUCGAUUGGCCAAGGAUGGUAUACGGUAUCGGUUGAAGGGCAUGGUUGCCGAUCCCGAGGAAUGCGAUAUGGAGGAACUGCUGCAGCUGAAGGAUAUCGAAAACUCAUUGGCCGUCUUCUGCCUGGCCACCUACGGCGAGGGUGAUCCCACCGACAAUGCCAUGGAGUUCUACGAAUGGAUCACCAGCGGUGAUGUCGAUCUAACAGGCCUCAAUUAUGCGGUAUUUGGUCUGGGCAACAAGACUUACGAGCACUACAACAAAGUUGCCAUCUAUGUGGACAAGCGAUUGGAGGAGCUCGGCGCGAAUCGCGUCUUCGAGCUGGGACUCGGCGAUGAUGAUGCCAACAUUGAGGAUGACUUUAUCACGUGGAAGGAUCGCUUCUGGCCCGCCGUCUGUGAUCACUUUGGUAUUGAGGGCAGCGGCGAGGAGGUGCUGAUACGUCAGUAUCGUUUGCUCGAACAGCCCGAUGUGCAGCCGGAUCGCAUCUAUACUGGCGAGAUUGCUCGAUUGCAUUCCAUGCAGAAUCAGCGGCCGCCAUUCGAUGCCAAGAAUCCAUUCCUGGCCCCAAUUCGUGUCAAUCGUGAACUGCACAAGGGCGGCGGUCGCUCGUGCAUGCACAUCGAGCUGAAUAUUGAUGGGUCGAAGAUGCGCUAUGAUGCCGGUGAUCAUGUGGCCAUGUAUCCCAUCAAUGACAAGUCGCUGGUGGAGAAACUUGGCCAGUUGUGCAGUGCCGACUUGGAUACAGUCUUCUCGCUGAUCAACACCGAUACGGACAGCAGUAAGAAGCAUCCGUUCCCAUGCCCCACCACUUAUCGCACGGCGCUGACUCACUACUUGGAAAUCACGGCCAUUCCACGCACGCACAUCCUCAAGGAGCUGGCCGAAUACUGCACGGAUGAGGCGGAUAAGCAGCUGCUGCGCAGCAUGGCUUCGCUGACGCCGGAGGGUAAGGAGAAGUAUCAGAGCUGGAUACAGGAUGCGUGUCGCAAUGUCGUCCACAUACUGGAGGAUAUCAAGUCAUGUAGGCCGCCAUUGGAUCAUGUUUGCGAGCUGUUGCCUCGGCUGCAGCCGCGCUACUAUUCGAUAUCGUCGUCGGCCAAGCUACAUCCAACGGAUGUGCAUGUGACCGCUGUGCUUGUCGAGUACAAGACGCCCACGGGUCGUGUUAAUAAGGGCGUGGCCACCACUUACCUGAAAAACAAACAGCCCACAAAUGGGGGCGAGGAAGUCAAGGUGCCGGUCUUCAUACGCAAAUCACAAUUCCGGCUACCCACAAAACCGGAGACGCCCAUUAUAAUGGUGGGUCCGGGCACGGGUCUAGCACCGUUCCGUGGUUUCAUCCAGGAGCGUCAGUAUUUGCGCGACGAGGGCAAAACGGUGGGGGAGUCGGUGCUGUAUUUUGGCUGCCGCAAGCGCAGCGAGGACUACAUUUACGAGGCUGAGCUGGAGGAGUGGGCCAAGAAGGGCACACUCACGCUGAAGACGGCCUUCUCGCGCGACCAGGCCAAGAAGAUCUACGUGCAGCAUAUGCUCGAGCAGGAUGCAGAUCUGAUUUGGGAUGUGAUUGGCGAGAAGAAAGGACACUUUUACAUUUGCGGCGAUGCCAAGAAUAUGGCUGUGGAUGUGCGAAACAUUCUGACCAAAAUUCUGUCCACCAAGGGCAGCAUGAGUGAGGCGGAAGCCGUGCAGUAUCUGAAAAAGAUGGAAGCCCAGAAGCGUUACUCGGCCGAUGUCUGGAGCUAAUCGCCGAGAGAUUAGUUCUCUCUACUCCUCGUCUACCCCAUUUUAUAUAUCUCUGACUGAGUCAAAGUCGCGGAACAAAGCAAUGAAAACAAAUGGAAAAAGAAAGCAAAGAAAAAAAAAACUAGAAAGAAGCCACACAUUUUUUACAUAAGAAGUAAAGUCGAUUUAAUUAAUUAAGCUAUAUAAAUUAAUUAUAUUAAUCGGUUUGGGAACUCCAGCUGCGGUUCAACAAACAGCGUUUUAAGUAACGUUUAUGCCUAAUUUUUAGCGUUAAAUUGAUUGAUUAUAUAAAUAUGAUAUGAUGACUUUUAAUUAUGUUGCACUCAGUGAAUUGGAGUGAUUGAUGUUAAUUAUUAUUGAGAAUGAUUGUAAUUAUUGUAAGUAGCCCUAUAUAUACGUAUGCAAUUAAUUGAAAUGUUCGCUGCUUUUCAAUUUAACUUGUGUACUUUUCUUUGGUGAUUUCAUGAAAACAAAUGAAGUAAUUUGUGCAAUUUUAA